AUGCAUCAAAUGCCUGUGUUCUCGCCAAAGUUGACAUCAUCUUAUGGAAUCAAACAGUUUAGAAAUGAUUUGAAAACGGUUAUCCAGGAUGUAGCAAUAAAUGGAAAACAUAUUGUUUACAUUAUUGAAGAUUAUCAGCUAUUGCAUGAUGCAUUUCUGCAAUCAAUAAAUUCAUUAUUAUCAUCUGGUGAUAUUCCUGGAAUAUUUACUACUCAGGAAUUUGAUAGCCUUUUGGGAAGCUUACGUGAACAAGCUUCGCAAGAUGCAUUCCAGGGUGACUUGUAUUCUUAUUUUGUUAUGAAAGUAAAAGCAAACUUGCAUAUUAUUCUUAUUUUAAAUGUUGAUGACACUAAUUUUUCACUAAAAUGCUCAUCAAAUCCAUCGUUAUAUAAAGAAUGUUCGAUCAUUUGGAAUGAAACAUGGAAUAAAAAUGCUUUGUCACAGUUAUCGGAAUUAAUUUUAUCACGGCACAACAUCAAAGCAUCAAAUGACAUACUAAUUGCUUUUGGACAAAUUUAUUAUCAGUGUCCAUCGGAAAUAGCACCACCAGCAAAAUAUAUUCGAUUUAUCGAAAACUAUGCUUGUAUUUUGAAUAAAAAACGAACUGCUAUUGAAACACGAUCUAAAAGACUAAAGGCCGGAAUCGGUAAAUUAACGGAAGCUCGAGAGUCUGUUUCCAAUAUGCAAAAAAAAGCUGCUAAAAAAAGUAAAUUAUUGGCUGAAAAACAAAGUGAUGCAGAUAUGGCACUGAAAGCAAUAUCACAAAGCAUGACGAAUGCAAAUUAUCAACGAUCUGAUAUGGAGCAGCUUAAAUUGGCUACAGCGAAAGAAAAUGAAAGGAUUGAGAAACAGAAAAGUUUAAUUGAUGAACAAUUACGUGAGGUGGAACCUAUAUUACGUGAAGCACGUGAAGCAGUUGGUUCUAUUAAAUCGGAAAGCUUAUCUGAAAUCCGAAGUUUACGAGCUCCACCGGAAGCAAUCCGAGAUAUUUUACAAGCUGUAUUAUUAUUUAUGGGCAUUUUUGACACAUCCUGGGAAGCUAUGAGAAAGUUUUUGGCCAGAAAUGGAGUGAAAGAUGAAAUAAUUAAUUUUGAUGCUCGAAGAAUUUCAACUGAUGUCAACAAAAGAGUUACCGCUCUUAUGAAAAGCAAGCAAUCAUCAUUUGAUCCAAAGAAUGCAAAACGUGCAUCAGCAGCAGCUGCACCAUUAGCUGCAUGGGUUCGAGCAAAUUUAGAUUAUUCGACAAUUUUGGAACGUGUUACUCCAUUGCAAAAAGAGAAAAAUGAUUUGAUUAAGAAUUUAAAUGAAGCCGAGAAGCAAAUGGAAAAAUUAUCGAAAGGUUUAGAAACAGUCGAUGAACGAGUUGCUGAAUUGAAGCACAAUUUCGAAAUGCAUAUGAAGGAAGCAACACAAAUAAAAAUUGAUUUAGAUAAACAGCAAGAAACGAUUAAUGUUGCUGGUACUCUUAUAGAUCGACUUAGUGGCGAAUAUGAGAGAUGGCAAGAGCAAAUUGGCAAUUUACAAAAUGAACUUGAUUGUCUGGAAAAAGGUUCUCUUUUAUCUGCUGCUUUUGUAACAUUUCUCGGUUCAGAAUCAGAGCAAGUUCGAAAUGAAAUUUUGAACAAAUGGAAGGGACUUCUCAAUUUGAAUGAUUUCAGUACACUUGAAUUUUGUGUUAUGGAAACCGAGAAGUUGAACUGGAGUAACAAAGGACUUCCAACUGAUGCACUUUCACAGGAGAAUGCUAUGAUCUUAUUUAAUACUACGGAAAUACCACUAAUCAUCGAUCCUAGCGGACGUGCAUCCUCAUUUCUUAUGAAACAUUUGAAAGAUAAACAAGUGGAAAAAGUAAAUGCAAAUGAUCCUAACUUCCUUAUUCAGGUUGAACUUGCUGUUCGUUUUGGCAAAUUGUUGCUUAUCGAUGAUGUAAAUAAAAUUGAACCUACUCUCAUGAAUAUUCUUCGAAAAGAUUUUUCAAGUCAAGGACCACGACGUAUUGUUCAAAUUGGUGAAAAAGCUGUUGAUUAUAAUGAUAAUUUUCGAUUGUAUAUCUGUUCUAAGAAUAAUUUAUUGCAAUUGGAUCAAGCAUCUAAGGCAGCUGUUACUUUAAUAUGUUUCAGUAUCACACAAACUGGUCUUGCAUCUCAGAUGCUCGGAUUGGCAAUACAAAUUGAAAAACCGGCUUUGGAAACACGUUUGAAUGAAUUGACUGGUGAUGUGGAACAAAUGAAAAUUAAACUUGAUGACAUUGAACAGUCACUUUUGCAAACAUUGGCUUCAUCCGAAGGAAGUUUAUUGGAUAAUACGGAUUUAUUGGAUUCUUUAAAUAAAAGCAAAGAAAAUGCUGAAACGAUUGCAGCAUCACUAGCUGAAGCUGAUAAAUUGCAAAAACAAUUUGUUAAAGAAAAAGACAUAUAUCGACCGUUAGCAGAAGCUACAAGUAAUUUAUAUUUUAUUAUUCAGGAUUUACACAAACAAGAUCCUAUGUAUAACUUCAACCUUAAUACUGUAAUAAACCUAUACAAUCGUACAUUCAGCAAAAUUAAAGAAAGUACAGUGGGACGAAUGGAAAAAUUACGACGAUUACUGCAACACACAGUUUAUGAAUAUGUAUCACGCGCACUUUUCAAAAAAGAUCGUUUAAUGUUUUCAAUGCGAUUUAUUCAUGGAAUACAACCAUCUCUUUUUGCACAAAAUGAAUGGGAAUUAUUUACCGGUUUAAUUGUUGAUGAUACCACCACUUAUUCCGUAGAAGAGAUUGGCUGGAUCAGUAGUGAACGAAAAGCAAAUGUUGCUAAAUUGCAGAAAUAUUUGCCGACAUUAUUUAACAAUCUUCGCUUUACGGAUCAAGCAUUGUGGAGUGAAUUUGCUCGCACGAUAAACUGCGAAACAGCAUUUCCACCUGCUAUCGAUGCAGUUUUAACACCAUUUCAGAAAUUACUUGUUAUUCAGGCUAUUCGACCAGAGAGACUUUAUUCAACUAUGAUUAGCUUUGUUACUAAUAUAUUAGGAAUUCCAUCAAUCAAUCCAUCACCACUAGAUCUGAAGUCGAUCUAUAAGUCAGAAAGCAAUGAAAAUGAGCCGAUCAUGAUAUUGAUUAGUCCCGGUGCAGAUCCUUCACAAGAACUGGAAGAAUUAGCUCGAAAACAAAUAUCAAGUGCGAAAUUCUAUCAAAUUUCGAUGGGUCAAGGACAACGACAAGCUGCUCUUGAAGCAAUUCGAACAUGUGCGGCAAAUGGUGGUUGGGUAUGCUUGAAAAAUUUGCAUCUUGCCAUCAAUGAUUUAGCGGCAAUCGAAAAGGAAUUUUUAGCAUCAAAACAUGAUCCUAAUUUUCGUCUAUGGUUAACAUCUGAAUCAAAUGAACAUUUUUCACCGCAGCUACUGCAAACUUCAUUGAAAAUUGUUUACGAAGCACCACCUGGAAUUAAGAAUAAUAUGAAAAGGAUUUAUGCUCAAUGGCAACAAUCUGAGCUCAAUUUUAGUGCUUUUUGUUUGCAAAGUUUAUUUAUGUUAGCUUGGUUACAUGCACUUCUACAGGAGCGACGAAUGUUCAUACCUGAGGCUUGGUCGAAAUUUUAUGAAUUUAGUAACAGCGAUCUACGAGUAGCCAAGAAGUUUGUUGAAGAAGUUACAAAAGAUGACAAAGCUGCUAAUUGGCAAUUAUUACGUGGUCUUAUACAAACAGUUGCAUAUGGUGGACGUAUUGACAAUGAUUUUGAUAUGAAUGUUUUAGUUGUUUAUUUGAAACGCUAUUUCAAUUCAUCCAUUAUUGGCAUGAAUGCUUCUGAAAUUGCUCAUAACAUUACUGUCCCAUUUUCAACCAAUAUUAUGGAUUAUAUUAACAUCAUUAAUACAAAUAUACCUGAGGAAGACAAUCCGGCAUUAUUUGGUUUAUCCUCAAAUAUAAGUACUGCGCGUGAAAUGGCGGAAAUGAAUAAAACAAUUCUGCAAAUACGUAGCAUGCAAAUUUCUGUGGCUACCGAAGUUACAUUUGACAGGAAUGUAUGGAAUAAAGCUUUGAAUCCAAUUAUAACACUUUGGAAGCAGCUCAAUUCUCAAUCAACAUUACAUUCCAUGAAUGUACCAUUGAUACAACAUACUGAUGAUCUCAUUCUCGAAAUUAUUUCUCUGGAAUAUGUUCAUGCAAUAACAUUGGUUCAAAAAGUGCAUAAAUACCUUGGUGCAAUAAGUAAAUGUUUACGUGGCAUACAAUUAUUCACAUCAGAAAUUGCUAAUGGUGCACGAGCAUUAAUGAUGCAUCAAACACCAGAAGAGUGGCAAGAAGCAUGGAGAGGUCCAUCGGAUCCAGCUCAAUAUUUAUCACUUUUAAUACAUAAAGCUAAAUCAAUCGAACAAUUAUCACAUAUCAAUGAUAGCUAUAAAAUAUUAGCUAAUCCAAUCAAACUUGGCAAUAUUUUUCGACCUACUGCAUUCUUUAAUGCUUUACGGCAAUUAACUGCAAGGAAAAAACAUGUAUCUAUGGAUGAAUUAAAAUUAGGUACUGCAUGGAAUGGUGCAUUUCUGAAGAAUGAAAAUGUAAUGGAAAUAUCCGGAAUUCACAUUCAGGGAGCUUUAUUUGAAGAGCAUAUCGUUGAAAUAAAACAGACAUCACCAACUGUUGCAACAACUCCAAAUCUUUACAUUGCUUGGAUAUCUGCGGAUGCUCCGGAUGUGUAUGAAAAAGAUAAAUCAAUAUUUGUACCACUUUAUGCAACACCUGAACGAAAUCAGUUAAUUGCUAAAGUUCAAAUGCCAUGUACUAAAAAUCCGGACAAAUGGAUUAUUGCUUCAGUUGCAUUAUUUUUAUCAAAUCAAUAG